AUGAACUUUGGAAGCGCGACAAGCACGCUGGGGACGGAAGUGAAUCGACUGAAUACUCUCGUCGACGACCCCUUAAUCGACGAGCUAGCAUUUUUGCCUUCGGCAGCACCUUCUGACGUCUUCGGGGAAAGCUUUCCCCCUGGAGGGAUCGUCACGAGUACUGCCGUGCCCGGAGCCUUCCUGUUGGUCGGGCACAAACUCGCUAUUGCUAUAAACGCGCUUGUGCCGGUGUAUAAUUAUAUAUCGGCGGCACACAGGCGAGCCUGCAAUCAUCAAAAUGAAAGUGAUGGUGGUUUGGCUUCUCCCGGCAUCGAUCCAAUGACUGGACUCGAUACUUAUCGCCUUCUUCUCCUAAUAAAUGGAGAACUCAACAUGGCAUGGAAUGGACUGAGGCGUCGCAUGAUGCAAAAUUUUGCCGGGCUCGGUUUAAAAGCACGCAGUUGCAUCGCUAAAUAUGAGUUGCGCUUCGCUCAGGCAGUUAUUAGUGGGAAUCCAAAGGCCACCGCCUGCUGGGUCUACCGCCGAUGGAUCCUAAAAAAACUGUUUGUUUCCCCGGCCAGAGGCGUCACUGGGUUGCAGAUAGAACACGUGUUCGCCAACGAAAUCACCAUGGUGGAACGAGCCACUCGAUUUAGACGAUUUAACUACGCAGCCUGGACACAUUUAAGGUGUUGCAGUCAGGAUUUCUUUGCUGAGACAAAAAGAUUGCUGCCACAAGCUUUAUUGGCAAAUCUAACUGAGAAUCUGACCUCUUACAAGUGGCGCAAUUUAGUCGACAAAUGUUUGAUUGAGUACCUACGCAUGUUGUCAGAUAACUUGUUGUCCCCGGAAUGUCGACCGAUCUCAACACUUAUCACCAAGGUGAUGGAAGUUCACCCAGAAAGAGAAGCCACAUGGACAUAUCACCGAUAUCUUUCGGGCGCGCUUGCCAACAGCCUGAGCCAACGUCUGGAUGUGACGUUCAAAACAUUCAAAAAUGUUGAGCAACGACUGACGCUCAAUGAAGAUCUGCAUUUUUUGUACCGUCUACUCACAAAAAAAGACGAAGUGCAGUGUGACCUUGUACAGGAAAUUUCCGGUUGGGAACCUUUAUAUUUUACGGCAUUAUAUGCAUUUUGGAGUUCAGAAAGAUCUCGGCGCCUGUUGAUGCAUCCAGCUCUAGGAAUGUAUGCCACAGGGAUGGCCGUACCCCUGAAAAUCAAACGUAAAGCUGACAUUGUAAACCUUGCUCGUUUCUGGACCUGGAAUGCUGCAGCAAUGUUGGGAUUUUUCGAAGCGUGAUUUCCUUGUUAAUUUGUUGACUUCAACUGGGGAGAUUACCAGUAUUCAUGGUGUGAGUAACAACGCUGCUCGGCGCAAGGGACAACAUAUCGAAUGGGCAUGCAUGAAUGUCAUCAAAUAGUACGAAGGUAGUAUUAAAUUGCUCUUGAAUUAUUGGAGUAGGAGUCUUUAACAUUUCAGAAGGGAUUUGCAGGAACUGACUCACUACUGUUGCUUGCAGCAAUGGACCUGAGAAGCGAGCCAAUCAGUAAGUCUCCGUUCGUUUGCUGCAACCGAAAGUAUGCGAACUAUAUCGUCAUUCGCGCUUCUCAGGGUAAAAUGAGGUGAUCGGAUUGUUGAUUCGAAUACAGGCUCGUUGAAUGCAAAACUAAAAACUUCAUGGUUUGGGAUCGCCCGAAUCGCGAAAAUCUGGAUUCUGACCAAAAGUAACCACGAAGCCUACGAAGCCUACGAAGCCCUCAUUCGUACCUUCUCGAAUGUACCUUCGUAGUCGAAAUACGUAUCUCGAGUGAAACCACGCCGAUUAGCAAAGUAUCACCAGGUAGAAUGCCCAUACGAAAACUGCGUCAUUUUACUGUUAGGCGAUUUUCGGCGCCGGAAAAACACCCUUCGGGCGGCUCACGCAACCCGAACCUCGUGCGCGCAUCAAUAUGAGGGUCCCUACAGACGCGAUCGCAAACCCGCCGAACGGAACGUGGCGUCAGCCAUCACCAGGACGCGAAUCACACAUUUGGUUUGGGAUGCAUUCCCUUUCUUGUUCAUCCGUCUAAUUCUCUCUCGCACCCAGUUUCUUCUUGUGCAUAUCAGAUUCCCUUUCUCCUUUCUCACCUGGCUGGUAUCUGAUAUAACUCUUGCUCUUUGUCUUAUCAACCUUCCUGCGCGGCUCAACUAGCGCGCGGCGCUGCAAACUCUUCAGCCGCUCGCGUAUGAGCGUGUGAGUUCCAGCGACCGUUCGGAGGCUGCCAGUGAGCUCCUCUUGCAGCUCCCCAUUCAGGCAUGUUUCCGUUUCUUUGCCGGGGACUGGUGCCCUGCCUGGAUCGAAAUGCUUUCUAAGCGUUGUGGAGAUUAUCCUCCCAACUUCCUUGGCAACCACGUCUUGACGUGCAUCUUCUGGAGGGUUGUAUGAGCUUCCUGCGGCAUCAAUAUCUACUGCACUUACCUGUGCGAUAUCUACGUUUGGGGUGUUCCGGCGAUUGAACUUUCUUCUUUUCCAGCUUUGGCCACAGAGCUGGUGCAAUCCUAAAUGUGUUGCUUCUGCAAAUAAUGAAGAAGCAGCAGGAACGAUCGUUUCAUCACUAGUGUGAGUAAACUUCCGUCUGUCCCUCCCCUUCCCACCCCACAGGUUAUAUAGAUCCGCUCCUUUGGGUGUGUCCGAAGCACCGCUGACCAGGCCGUUGAGGGUAAACGCCCCGAACUGCGUAUUCUCACGCGAUGUUCUUGUGACAUGGUCAGCGUCUUCACGGACCUCAGAGACCCUUCCAUAGUUUGUAUGAAGCUUUGAUAUUU